AUGUUGGACUUGGGACGCACGACGGUUUGCCUCAAGGAGACGACCUCCACCGCUGUCAUCGGGACGAUCGAGGGCUAUGGCGAGAACUUUCAGCACCUCCACUCCGCAAUCCAAGAGGGUAUUGCAGCGCUGGUGAAGACUGGGGGCGCCAAAUUCGAGGAAGUCGCCAAGCAGGACAGCUAUGAAAAUGGAACGGCCAUCGUUGCGAGGAUGAAAAAGUUGUCGACAGACUUUGAGCAGAAAUGCGAGGACUACAUGCCGAUUGUUCGUAAAUUCAACGACGAACUGAUCGAUUUGAGGGAGCAGAUUGAGAAGGCCGGACAGGAAACGGAGCCU